GAUCGAAAUUUUGCAUUAUCAAAGACAGAGAAAGUAGCCUUCAUAUAUAUUUCGGAAUUGUUUUGAAUUUUUCUGAAUUUCGUCACACUUGAGUUUUGAGAAAGCGGCAAAAACACGGGCACUCACAACGCAAGCUCGGAACAUCAAAAUGGCUACCGUGGAAGCGGGUAGCCGGUCUUCCUCUGAAUUCCAGUUGAAAAAUGGACCCGCAGAUGGGAUAUCACGGGUCCGAUUUGCUCCCAAUUCUCCUCAAUUUCUCUUGUGCUCCUCUUGGGACUCUACACUCCGCUUGUAUGAUGUUCAAGCCAAUACGAUGCGGGUGAAGUUCUUGAGUGGUGGACCCUUGUUGGAUUGCGCAUUUCAAGAUCCCAUCCACGUCUGGUCGGGUGGAUUGGAGGGACAACUCAGAUCGGCCGAUAUCAAUAGCAGCACCGAGAGCAUUGUGGGUACCCACGAGAAUGCCAUUAGGUGUGUGGAAGUUAGUCAGGAGCUAAAUGUGGUGGUGACGGGUAGCUGGGAUUCCACGGUCAAAUUAUGGGAUACCCGCACCAAUUCCUGUACGGGUACUUACACUCAACCCGAGAAAGUGUACUCCAUGUCACUCGCGGGAGAAAAAUUGGUCGUAGGCACUGCCAGUCGCAAGGUGUGGGUGUGGGAUCUCCGAAACAUGGGCUAUGUUCAGCAGAAACGGGAAUCCAGUUUGAAGUUCCAAACCCGGUUCUUAGAGUGCUUCCCUAAUAAGCAAGGAUUUGUGUUGAGCAGUAUUGAAGGACGUGUGGCUGUGGAAUAUUUGGAUCCCAGUCCUGAGGUUCAGAAACGGAAAUACGCCUUCAAGUGCCAUCGUGUCAAGGAGAACGGUAUUGAAAUGAUCUAUCCCGUGAAUGCCAUCACGUUCCACAAAGAUUACAACACAUUCGCCACAGGAGGAUCCGAUGGCCUGGUCAACAUCUGGGAUGGUCAACACAAGAAGCGUUUGUGCCAGUUCCAUAAAUAUCCCACAUCCAUCGCUAGUUUGGCCUUCUCCAAUGAUGGAUCCACCUUAGCUAUUGCCUCUUCUUAUAUGCACGAGCACGAGAAACCUCCGGAAUCGAUCCCCGAAGAUGCCAUCUAUAUCCGCACGGUCACGGAUCAGGAGACGAAGCCAAAAUAAGCCCAAUCCUACCUACUUAGAUAGAGGCAUGUGCAUUUCUUUUCUACCUUUUGGCGCACUCAAAUCCCUCCCAAGACGCACACGCCCCGUUUUGUAACAAUCUGCUAUAAUACACGUACUCUGGACAAAA